AUGUACUGCUGUAAAACCUGCUGGGCACGCCACUUCUCCAAUCUCCCCAGCGCACACACAGCACCGGGCAGAGGACCCGGCGGACGUGACGAGAAGAGUCGACUGAUCUCAGCGUUCUUUUCGACGCGGAGGGUGCUGGAAGGCUGCCGGGAACAGGUGGCCAGGGUUCGCGCAGUGGUGUUUCGCAUCCCGCCUGUGAAAGAUGGACGUCGUGCCAGUAACUGGCGGAGCACCUGGGAAGCGGAAGGCCGCCCGAAGAAGACGAGCGUGUCCCUGGCGACCGCCACCAACGCCAGGGUGGAGACGAUCAUGGGCCAGCCCUCCUUCCACGCCGCAACGGGGCACCUGGGAGGCGUGUUCUGCCUCGCGGCAAGCGCGGGAAACCUCGGCGGGAUCCAAACCGCGGCCAGGGAGUCCGGGGACGGCUGGAAGUCCCUCGGCCCCGUGGUAAUGAUGACGGCGGAAGCGGCAUCCGCCGGGCACCUGCACAUUCUCGAGUGGGCGAAGUCGUCGGGGUGCCGGCUCAGCGUCCACGUUCUGCGGUCCGCCAUCAAGGGAGGGCACCUCGAAGUUGUCCGCUGGGCCCGGGACGAGGCGGGGGCGCCUUGGUUUCCGGACGCGUGCCGCCUGGCCGCCCUCGGCGGACACCUGCACGUCCUGCGGUUUUUGAGAGAAGAGGGGAGACCCUGGGAUGAACAGACGUGUACUGUUGCGGCCGAGGGGGGGCAUCUCGAAGUCCUUAAGUAUGCGAGGAGGCAUGGCUGUCCUUGGGACACCAGCACGUGCAGCUCCGCCGCCUGGGGAAACCGCUUGCAGGUGCUCAAGUGGGCCCGCGAGCACGGAUGCCCGUGGGACGUAACCGUUUCGCACGGUGCCGCGCUGGCUGGCAACCUGCCGAUGCUAAUCUGGGCGCGCCAGAACUGCUGCCCCUUGGACAGGCGCACGUGCUCGUACGCGGCUCUCGGGGGACACCUGGAAUGCUUGCAGUGGCUGAAGAGAGAAGGGUGCCCCUGGGACGAAGACACCGCUGCCUGCGCGGCGCAGGGGGGUUAUCUUGAGGUUCUGCGUUGGGCGGUAGAGGAGGGAGGGUGUCCCUGGAAUGAGCGAACGUGCGCCAGAGUGGCAGCAACCCGUCGACACAAAGAGGUGGUGGAAUGGAUGCAGGGCCUGCCAGUUAUAUAA